AUGGCAAAUUUUGUGCUACUUUUUUCUGCAUCUAUUAUUGUUUUUACCGUUAACAGUUUUUUGGUAAUUCCGUAUGAAUUUGUGGAAUUAUCGAGUCGUCUAAACGUUGCUAAAUGUCAAGCGAAAUGCGCUAUUAAAUUUGGUACACCUAUAAGAAGGCGUCAGAACAAUGGAAAAGUUGUAAUCUAUUGGAUUAAUAACAGUGAGGAAGCCAAAAAGAUUGAAAGUUUUCCCACUGCUACCGUUGAGGCUUUGUUACCGCAUAUACGAUACAAACUUUUGGUGUGGAAAGUUAACAAAGUUGGUAUUGUUGGAAGACCAACGGAAAGUGCCUGGUUUGAGGUCUUAACAACAGACUUCAACGAACCUGCUUAUAGAUUUAGUGUUAUAAACCAUUUCGACUUCAAGAAUGGUAUUUCAUUUCUGGUUCGAGGUCCAAUAAAUUACAAUGAGAAUGCCGUCAGUUUAGUGUCACAAACGUGUGAUUACAGUAUCACUUUGGAAAACAGUACCCAUUGUGUCUCAAAAACUGUUACACUUGAUGAAUCUGAUGCAAUAAUUCUUCCCAAAUUACAAUAUUCUUCCGGAUACAGAAUAACAGUAUAUGCCUGGAAAAAUCUUAACAUAUCGUCAAAUCAAAAUAUGGAGCUAGACAAUAGGAUAUACAGCAUCAAUAAGACUACACCACGUUGUGAAGACUACCUAAACUUUGCAGAUGUUCAGUGUGAGUUUAAGUUGCAUGCUGAAGUGUUAUCAGCAGGCAUUGUCAAAGUUGAAUGGAAUCCUCCAAUUUCUUUUCGCAGAAUCUACAUUUAUCGUCUCGAGUAUGAUGUCGUAGGAACCAGUAAAGAUGGAAAAAGAAUGCAAACUCUUCAAACAAAUUUUGAAUUUUUAGAUGCAGCAACUACUUCAACAGUCUUGCAAGUUCCACAUAGUGGCGUAAAAACCUAUAAUAUUCGUUUAACCUGUUUUAAUAAACGAAUCGAGGGGAUUGAUGCAGAGUUUCAACUGGAUAACGUAAUUGUACGACUGGUGCAAACCGACCGAACACAGUUCACGGUAUUGUCGUGCAGUGCUCUAUUGGCGAUACUGCUGCUUGGUCAUUUCACCUGUGGAAAAUUAAACAGAAAACCAACGCGAGCUGUUUCACCUGACGUCAAGACUGUCAUUUAUUACAUCUAA